GGAACGUGACGUAAAUCCCAUGCGCCUGCGGCACCACGAGUGUUGCAAAAACAUCUUGCGCACAGGGUCAGGAUGCAGCUCAAUGUCACUCCGCUUUACUGCCGAUAUCAGAGACGGAGGGACGUUUUGACACACUGAUCCCGUCCGGAACACAAAUACUGGACCAUCUACGAAGAGAUUAGCGGGAGGCUGCGACAUUUCACAAAGGUCUCUUCCCUACCUUCAAUCGUGUUUUAUGUCUGCUGAUCCACCAUGGCCACUCAGAUUUGUAGAGUGCUGGAGCUGAUGGUGCGCUCCUCUUGCUGCCACACCGUUAGAAGUAGAUCAUGUCUUCGAAAGGCAGUGCUGGCCCCAACAACCUCUGUCCCUGGGGGAUCUAAUCUUCCUAAAAGGGCCUACAGCCUUGACUCUUUUGGUCCCGGUCGACCCUCGAUGGGCCUUAGUUCACAUCAGCCCCGUUCAGAGAGAACAUCCCCCUCGUCAACGCUGGCACACAGGAACCUGUCUGCAGCAGCUGUACAGGGCCAGUUUCGUCCUUUGUGCCGCUACGACUACCUGGAUCUCGGGGAGGUGGAGGAAAACCUACGCCGUGCACAGGCUUCUAAAAACACCAGACACUUUAUAGUUAAUCCAGAUCUGGCCAAUGUGGUCGCACAGCAUUUGGUGCCCGACCUGCAGGACGCUAAGACCAUCAUCUUCGAAUGUAAUCCAGGUCCUGGUGUUUUGACCAAAGCUCUGCUGAAUGCUGGAGCUCAGAGAGUCGUUGCUCUGGAGCGAGACCGGACCUUCUUACCUGACCUCCAGGAGCUGGAGUCGCGUCUUGAUGGUCAGCUGGAGGUGGUUCACUGCGACUACUUCAGGCUGGACCCCAUCGGCAACGGCAACGUGAAACCUCCCACCAUGUUUACUGAUAAACUGUUCACCGACCUGGGAAUAUCAGAGGCUGCCUGGACUGAUGACGUCCCUGUGAAGGUGGUGGGGUUCCUGCCAGAGCAUAACGGGCGUGGCACGCUGCUGAAGAUGGUUUACGCUCUGUUUGAGCGAUUGUCUGUCUACAGAUACGGAAGAAUAGAGCUGAACCUCUUCAUCAACGAGAGGGAAUACACGAAACUGAUGUCGCGUCCCGGUGAAAUGAUCUUCUACAGAGCCUUUGGCGUCCUCUGGCAGAUGGCGUGUGAUAUCCAACUUCUGCACAAGGAGCCCUGGGAGUCGUUUGCUGUGUCUUCAAGGCAGAGUGCGCGUAACUCCAAGAGCAAGCUUCCAAACGAUCACCUGUGCCUGGUUCGCCUGCGUCCCCGGGGCGACCUGUUCUCCUCAGGCCUCACGCCCUCCAACGCCUCAACUCUCCUGAUGAUGGUCAAACAGUGUUUGGCGAAACGGAAGGUCAAGCUCAUCGACAGGCUCAAUGUGUGGUCACCUGACAGUGGGAGCAAACUGUUAUCAGAGUUGGGCUUGCCGGAGGACAUCCUGACUGGAAACGUUUAUCCAGACGAGUACCUUCGACUUUUCCAGCUGAUGGACAAGAGUCAGGAGUUCACACAGAGCUGGCUUUAUGAGGAGAUCCUGGAGAACACACAGCGGGAGGGCUGGGGCUAAAAUAACAACACAACUAAACAUGUGUUCAGUAAUCUACUGUAAUAUGAUGAAACAGGACAGAUAAAUAGCCAUAGGAGAAUAACAAACUAUCCAUCAGUUCUGUUACUGAAAUAGCUUAAAAUAUAAAUGCUAUAAAUAUAAAUAUUCUUAUUUGUAUUACAGUGACUUCAUAGUUUGGACAUAAAUUUACACAAACAGCGGCUCUUCAUCCAUCACUGAAGCUUCGGGCUAUGCAAGUGAUCCCAUACAUCCAACAUCCUAGUGUGCUUCACUUGGUAAUACAGCUGCUGCUUUAUCUAGUCAGUUUACUGCAGUGUAACGACCUGCAUACGUCUUUAUGUGAAGCAAACCAAGGAAAAAAGCAAUGCACUGUUGUUUCAUUAUAUAACAGCAGCUGUUUGUAUUUUUAUAUUUGUGAGUUAAUGAUUGUUUGUGCAUGUGAAAUCUCAUUCUUUAUGAAAUAUGUGAGUUAGAUAUAUUAAUUUAAAAACAAAAUAUAUCAUACUUUUUUAUGUCUAGCCCAGGGUUUAUUGGUGCUCUGUCAUUUGGUCAUAAAUCAGAUUGAUUAAUAAAGCUAUUAUUUGCUUUCUUGGUCAUUGACAAAGAAAAUGUGAUGAUU